AUGGGUAGUCAAGCAUCGAGUUUUUCACAGAAAAUUUUGCCAGCCGAUACCGUUGAUUCACUGCAGUUUGAGAUAAAAAAACAAAUGCAUAUUUUGUCAGAGAUCAAUAGCCUCGCAUAUGACGACUUCCAGAAAUGUCUUGCUGAUCUAAAUAAACUCUCACGAAAGUGUCUCGAUCCAAAUGGAAAGCAACUGGUAUUCGCUGUCAAAAAAGGCACGGAUAAUUCUAUCCUUUGGAAGCAUACCGUCCGAAUUGCUUGCAUGAAAGUCGCUCCUGAUACGAGGAAGAUCGAUUGCUUCAAGCUACUGACUUUGCAACAGUUUUUGCAAGUAUUUCGAACAUUUCAGACAAACCUGCACGCUAUGGUCACGGUAGAAAGUCAUCGAAUCAACAGUCCAGCAGCUGGUAGCCCGUUAAGAUCAUGUGUUACCGGUUCUGGUAAAGGCACGCCAUCAAAUAGUAGCAGUCUAGAGGACAGUAACGAGCCGUUACCGCAAUCAGUGGCUGCACUCGAUCCUAGUCGCAAUGGAAAUCAAAAUCCUGCACCAACAAUGGCACCUUUAACGUUCGUAUUACCUGAAUGCACAACGGCGUCCAUGCUAAUGGCUCAAGUGGAUGCAAUAACGGCAGCGCACAGUCGUUACGGUUCGACCAAUGAACUCCUACAACAAGUUGAAAUAAAUGAUCAUAAUGAAUGCUGCAUUUGCCUCGAACGCAAACCAGAGGUAUCGCUACCAUGUGCUCAUAGCUAUUGCAUGCCGUGUAUCGAGCAAUGGAACAUCCACCAGAAGACAUGUCCGAUCUGCGACGAAGCACUCAGCAGCACUAACGACACGUGGAUACUUUCUGAAAUGCCCGAGGCAACCGAAGUCAGCGAAGAAAUUUGUGCCACUCUCUUGAAGCUUUCCACUGAAACAGCGGGAGACGAUGAAAGCGACAAAAAUUGGUUACGUAGAAUGUUGGAUUUGUGAUUCGAUAAAUUUUUUGAGCCUCCUCGUGCGAAUCAAUUAUAUCAUUUUUUGAUAACUAGUUUUGCUAUAUAUGACUACUUUUUAAAAAUCAGACACUUAAAGAAGAAAAAAUCAAUCAUUACACAAUUGACAACAACUUCACCCAGUUCGGCUAGGCAGCACGAACAGAAUGAUGUUUUGAAUUCUAGUAAUAUUUGUUUAAAAAUUAUUCACUUAUUUAUACUAUACACCAAUAUAUUGCUCUUAUUUGAAUUCCGAAUUGAUGAUGGUUUAAGUUGUUUCAUUUAUUUCUUAGAAGUAUGAAUUAAAACUAUCACUAUCGUAAAAUAAUAAAUAUAAAUGUUAUAAAAUUAUUGGGUAAGAUUGGAAUAAUAUAAAUACCUAAA